CUCUCUGCCUACGUGGGAGAGAAGAGAGGGUUGGGGGAAGUGUGGAAAACCUGAACCCCAGCCGCUGUAGCUUGAGGAAGAUUUGGUGGGAGAAGUAGAGGGGGGAAAAACAGGUUGGAGGUGAGGUGAGGAGGGCAAACAAAUCGUUGCUAUCCGGCGACACAAAGUUCUUCGCGAUGUGGCUAAAGCCUGAGGAAGUGCUUCUGAAAAAUGCGCUGAAGCUGUGGCUGAUGGAAAGGUCCAACGACUACUUCGUGCUGCAGCGGCGUCGAGGCUAUGGGGAGGAAGGCGGAGGUGGGCUCACAGGUCUUCUGGUGGGAACUCUUGACUCAGUUUUGGACUCUACUGCUAAAGUGGCUCCCUUUCGUAUCCUGCACCAGACACCAGAUUCUCAAGUUUAUUUGUCAAUUGCAUGUGGAGCCAACAGAGAAGAAAUAACCAAACAUUGGGAUUGGUUGGAACAGAAUAUCAUGAAGACCUUAUCUGUGUUUGACUCAAAUGAAGAUAUUACUAAUUUUGUACAAGGAAAGAUAAGAGGAUUAAUUGCCGAAGAGGGAAAACAUUCUUUUGCAAAAGAAGAUGAUCCUGAAAAAUUUCGAGAAGCCCUUUUGAAAUUUGAAAAGUCAUUUGGUUUACCAGAGCAGGAAAAAUUAGUGACCUAUUACUCAUGCAGUUAUUGGAAAGGACGGGUUCCUUGUCAGGGUUGGCUCUAUCUUAGUACCAACUUUCUGAGCUUCUAUUCCUUUUUGUUGGGAUCAGAAAUAAAACUCAUUAUCUCCUGGGAUGCAGUCUCAAAGCUUGAAAAGACUUCAAAUGUCAUAUUGACAGAGAGUAUUCAUGUGUGUUCCCAAGGGGAGGAUUACUACUUUUCAAUGUUUUUGCACAUUAACCAGACAUACCUUCUUAUGGAACAAUUGGCAAACUAUGCGAUAAGGAGACUUUUUGAUAAGGAAACAUUUGAUAAUGACCCAAUCCUUGAUGACCCUCUACAAAUUACUAAAAGAGGUUUGGAAAACCGAGCCCACAGUGAGCAAUUUAUUGCCUUUUUUCGGCUGCCAAAAGAAGAAACAUUAAAAGAAGUACAUGAGUGUUUCUUAUGGGUACCAUUCAGCCACUUCAAUACUCAUGGAAAAAUGUGCAUCUCAGAAAACUAUAUCUGCUUUGCUAGCCAGGAUGGCAGUCUGUGUAGUGUAAUCAUUCCAUUACGAGAGGUCUUAGCUGUAGAUAAGAUAAAUGAUUCCAGCAAAUCUGUCAUCAUUAGCAUCAAAGGAAAAACAGCUUUCCGCUUUAGUGAAGUUAAAGACUCGGAGCAGCUGGUGACAAAGCUCAGGCUCAAGUGUGGCACAGCUUCAGCUCAGUCUGAUAUUAGCACAGAGGUUGCUAUUACUUCUGACUCUACAGGUCAAUCUGAGAAUUUUGAGGUACAGUCUUUGACAUGUCAGAAAGAAUGCAGUAAAACUGUGAACACAGAAGCCUUAAUGACAGUAUUUCACCCUCAGAAUUUGGAGAAUCUUAAUUCUAAAAUGUUGAAAGAAAAGAUGAAGGAACAGUCAUGGAACAUCCUAUUUUCAGAAUGUGGCCGUGGUGUUAGCAUGUUUCGGACCAAAAAGACUCGCGAUCUGGUUGUACGAGGGAUUCCAGAGACCUUAAGAGGAGAGCUCUGGAUGCUUUUUUCAGGUGCUGUUAAUGACAUGGCUACUAAUCCUGGCUAUUAUGCUGAAGUGGUUGAAAAGUCCUUAGGGACCUGCAACUUGGCCACUGAAGAAAUUGAACGUGAUUUGCGUCGCUCUCUCCCUGAGCACCCAGCAUUUCAGAGUGACACUGGCAUAUCUGCUCUGAGGCGGGUACUCACUGCUUAUGCAUAUAGGAAUCCCAAAAUUGGAUAUUGCCAGGCAAUGAACAUUUUGACUUCAGUGUUGCUUCUGUAUGCAAAAGAAGAAGAAGCUUUUUGGCUUCUGGUUGCUGUAUGUGAACGAAUGUUGCCUGAUUAUUUUAAUCGUCGAAUCAUUGGUGCCUUGGUGGAUCAGGCAGUCUUUGAAGAACUUAUCAGGGAUCACCUUCCUCAGUUGACAGAACACAUGACAGAUAUGACAUUCUUUUCCUCAGUUUCUCUCUCCUGGUUCCUCACACUUUUUAUUAGUGUGCUGCCUAUUGAAAGUGCAGUGAAUGUGGUAGACUGUUUCUUCUAUGAUGGAAUAAGGGCUAUCUUACAACUCGGAUUGGCAAUACUUGACUAUAAUUUAGAAAAGCUGCUGACAUGUAAAGAUGAUGCUGAAGCUGUGACAGCUUUAAACAGGUUCUUUGACAAUGUCACUAAUAAGGAUAGCCCAUUGCCUUCAAAUGUUCAGCAGGGUUCAAAUGAGAGUGAUGUAAAAAACAGUCAUAUUAAAGUGGAUAUUACAGAUUUGAUUCGAGAGUCCAAUGAGAAAUAUGGUAAUAUUCGCUAUGAAGAUAUACACAGCCUGCGCUGUAGAAAUAGAUUGUAUGUGAUACAGACCCUGGAGGAAACAACAAAGCAGAAUGUGCUACGUGUUGUAUCACAAGAUGUGAAAUUGAACCUUCAUGAAUUAGACGAACUUUAUGUGAUCUUUAAGAAAGAGCUGUUUCUGUCUUGUUAUUGGUGUUUGGGUUGUCCGGUAUUAAAGCAUCAUGACCCCAGCCUGCCAUAUUUGGAACAAUAUCAGAUUGACUGCCAGCAGUUCAGAGGGUUGUAUCAUUUGUUGAGUCCCUGGGCUCAUUCGGCAAACAAAGACUCACUGGCUUUAUGGACAUUCAGAUUAUUGGAUGAAAAUUCUGAUUGCCUCAUAAACUUCAAAGAAUUCUCUUCUGCAAUUGACAUAAUGUACAAUGGAAGUUUUACUGAGAAGCUUAAAUUGCUUUUUAAGCUGCAUAUUCCUCCAGCUUAUACUGAAGUGACAUCUAAGGACUCUUCAAAAGGAGAUGAACUUUCUACAGAAGAAAUACUUUAUUUCAGUCAGCUCCAUGUGUCCAAGACUGCAAAUGAGAAAGAAUCAAAUUCAGGAACACACAGCCCUGAAAAAGGCAAAGGAAAAAUUGACAUUCAAGCAUACCUAAGUCAGUGGCAAGAUGAGCUGCUCAAAAAAGAAGAAAAUAUUAAAGAUUUGCCAAGAAUGAAUCAGUCACAAUUUAUUCAGUUUUCAAAGACCCUCUAUAAUUUAUUUCAUGAGGACCCUGAAGAAGAAGCUUUGUAUCAAGCCAUUGCUGUUGUAACAAGCCUUUUGCUCAAGAUGGAAGAAGUUGGAAGGAAACUACAUAGCCCUACAUCAUCAGCCAAAGCAAUCUCUGGUACAGUCUGUGCUGCUGGAGGACCCAGUGAAAGGAAAACAGACAGCCACUUGGACAAAGAUCCUUCCUCUCUUAGGGAGGAAGCUCAGUGGUCAUUUGCAUUUGAACAGAUUCUUGCCUCUCUGUUGAAUGAACCAGCCUUGGUGAGGUUUUUUGAAAAACCUAUAGAUUUAAAAGCCAAGCUGGAAAAUGCAAAAACCUCUCAGUUGAGAUCUAGAACCAAAGUGUAAAUUUCUUAAAAGGAAUUGACAUCAAAGACAGGUUUACUGAGGAGAUUUCUAUACCUAUUACCUUUAUUCCUGAGAGUAGGCCUCAGGAAUUUAUCUUGCUAAUAGUGUGCUGAAAGAAAAAAAGGAGUAAGAUAUUCAAAAGCAUAAUUAUUCAUUCAUUUGUGGUGAUCUCAAAUUAUGAUAUUCUCAAGUACAAUUACAGUCAAACCUUGGACUGUGAGUAACUUGAUCUUCAAGUAUUCUAUACGCCAAGCAAACAUUUCUAAGACGUUUUAACUUGAUAAAUAAACAGUGUCUUACAGUAAGAGUAAUAUAUCACACCGAGCAUCACAUAAUCACAACUGGUUCUUCUCGUGUUGCUUUGGCAUACAAGUGCUUUGGAUUACAAAUGAAAUGAACACAAACCAAGGUUUUUCUAUACUGUAUAUUUCAGAAGAUAUACAGUAAGUAUCAAGGGAGGAUAUUCCAUAGAACCACCAGAGGGUGCCACCAUUCCAUUUUUAGUAAGCAAAUUACCAGGUUGAACUAUACACACAAAUGAUUUUGAAAUGUGUUUGUUUAUUAGUGAUGCUCAACUGUCAUAUCGAUAGACCUUGUUUUCCACAUUGCCUCAGUCUUACUAGAAUGCUUUAGAAAACUAGGUUGUUAGUGUCGGGGAUAAGGCUCAGUGACCCAGUACCUGCAUGGCAAGAACAAGGUUCUGAGUUUGAUUCCUGGUACCACAGGAAGAAAAAAAAAAGAUUCUUAGAUCUCUACCCUUACCGUGGAGAUUACCAUUCAGGACCCUUAUUUUUAGGUUAUCUAACUGAAAUAUUAUUAAAAUUUUAACUUUAAUUUUGUUCAGUCUACUAAUAGACGAUUUUUUAGUAACUUGAGCAUUCUUUCCAUGUGAAGAGUUUAGAAGCUGUCGAUCCAUGCUGCUAUCUCUUUUACUGCUCAGAAAAAAAUCAAGGAAACUAAACACUAGACUGACAGAAAGGGAAGAGAUAUUGGACUUGAAUUUAAACUGGAUAAGGCUAACCUUUUGGAAGGGAUUAAGAAAUAGUUCAGUUAAGUAUAUAGAUUUCUCAUUAGACUGAGAAAUUACUCUUCAGAGCACUAUUGUUUGUUGUAUUUGUCACAGUGUGUUGCAAGUUGUCUCAAUAGUUUUAGAUUUUGUGUUUUCUCAGUCAUUUUAAUUUACAUUAAAUAAUAAGCAUAAAUAGUUACAAUUAAACUGAGUUGUUGUAUUAGUCUGGCAGGCAUAUAAAGUAUACUACAUGUGAUGCUUGCCAAUGUAAUGUGUAUAAUUGCCAGCAUCUAUCUAAAAAUUUUUUGACUGAUUUAGAUAUGUAAUUUUAUGUACACUAUGCUGCUUACAUUUCAGUCACACCAUGACAGUCCAUUAUUGACAUAGUGGACUUUGUUGGCACUUUAAAAAAAAUGAAACCAGUAAAAAUAAGAAAACAAGUUAACUAUAUAUAUCCACUCUUCUGUCCUAUUUCUGACAAGAGCAGUUUUAUAAUUGAAUUAGGAAAUGGGGCAGAAAUCAUCCUAUGGAAUUUCUUUCUUCAUAGAAGAUUUUGGUUAUAAGUUCUUUGACUUUUCUAGAUGUAAAACAGUGAAAGGGCAGACCUCCUCAGGAACAUGAAAAGUCAUCUUUUCUGAGCAGGAGUUAGGACAGCAAGCCUUAGGCAAGAAUAUUCUGUGAACAAAACCUAACCAAAGAUGCAUGUAACCAUUCAAUCUUACCUUCAGAGAAGUUAAAAAAUUUUCAUAUUAAGCCUUUGUAAAUUCAUAAGUUGGGUUUGGUGAAACCCUUUACUAGUAGUGUCUUUAUGAUAAUUUGAUCACUUCGCCUUUUCAAGGAAAUUACCACUUGAGAUGGUUGGUAAGUAUCCAUGCCUUUAGUUGGAAAUGAUUUGUUGGAAAUACAUCCGGAUUAUAAAGACUUUGUUAAUAGUUUGUAUUAAAGCUAUCAAAUUUGCUAUUAGCAAUGAUUGUUAAAUUAUGCUACAGUAGUUCUAGAAAGAUAUAAAGUCAAUGUACAGAAAGACAUUAUUGUAUACACUUUGUUGAGUAUUUUGUCCAUUGGAUUUACAAAGAAUACUUUUUAAGAGCAUAUAUUAUUAAUAUUUGACAUUAUUUAAAGUAAAGAUGGUGAAUAUUUACUUAGUAUUUAUUUUAACAUAGAUUAAAUAAGAUUAAGUACUUAAAAAGAUUUUGGAGCUGCAGAAAAUUAUAAAACCAAGUUAAAAAGAAAAAUUUAUUUUCUGAGUCUGUAGGAGACAAGUUGAAUAUAGUUUUAUAGCUGCUGCCUUCUUACGCAAAUGAACUGUUCUAAAUGUCAAAAAUCUUAUGUAAUUGUGUCAUACUGAACCAGUGCAUUAUACCUUAUGUUAAAUGUAAUAAAGUGAAUUUACUUCUCUUUAUAAGAAUAAAUAUCACAAAUCUCUUA